AUGUCUGUGGAUAGUGCUGAAAACGACAUGCCUCCGGCCGGUGGGCAUGCUAUGUUUUCGAACGGCGCCGAGAAUACAAUCUCUCUCCCAGUAGAGAUUCUCGACAACAUUAUCUUCUACCUCGGGGUACCGAAUAAUCCCUCUGGUCCUAGGGAGCUCGCAAAGGAAUGGCGCUCCCUACAGCUUGCACCAUAUAGCGUCGUUUCCCGUCAAUGGCAGGCAGUGGUGGAAAGGCACAUCUGGAGAAAGAUCGUGCUAAGAAGGCGCGAUUCCGUUAAAGACUUUGAGGCCUUGAUGACGGACGAGACUUCCUGUCACCGGGCGAAAUACAUUCGGCAGAUCCUCUGGGACCCUGCUCUCCAGGGCGAGACUCAGGAUCAUAGGAGAGAGUAUGAGGCUGAAGAGCGUAGCAUGGUCAAAACCCAUGACGAAUGGCGCACUUUCUACCAGCGAAAAUGGCUCGAGCCAUUACAGAAGCUAUUCAAGAUCCUGUGUUCGUGGGACGAAAACCAUCCCGGUAUCCAGCUUUCAAUCGCCUCAGGUCGCGAGGAGUACUAUCGAUAUGGACCUUAUCACGAACUGUUGGAUGACCCAAGGACCUUGACCAUAGAUCAGUUCUUCAAGCUGGAGGGCAGACUCAUGCCGUACUUGAUGAGGUUGACAGAAGAUGCUCUUGACGGUUUUCCUCGUCCGUCAUGCGUAACGACAUUGGUUCUUCAUGACUUUAUCACAUCCACUGUUAGGCCAGAAACAUUCGUCAUGCUUAGCCAGUGUUUACCCCGUGUUAGAGAGGUGCGGUUUGGAGAAGGUACGGCCAUACCACAGGGUAUUCUGGUCGCGCUUCGCGAGCAACGGCAAGGUGCCACUAAAUAUCUUCCCAUGCUUCCAGAGUUCGUCGAGUCACUCGUGUACCAGGUCCCUUUUAUUCGAGAGUUUGCGGACAAUCCAUUUAUCAAUGCGGUUGAUUACUCGACCACGGCCGGUUUAGACGAUUUUUCCAUCGCACUCCGAGGACUGAGCAUGCGCCUCCGCAGCCUUGUUCUUUCCGGAGUCAGGAUUAACAGCUCACUCUUCUGGCCAUCUCCCGAAGAAAAUAACCCAAUUGAGCCGUACUGGCCGAAGCUAGAGGAACUGAGGGUAUAUAACAUGCCGCCCUUCAAGACUGAUGGUGAAUGGAUGCUCGACAACGACCUAUCGCAGUCUCCAAACACGGAGCAUGACCUUAGCGACAUCGGCUUCUGGGAUUAUGCAGAACGGGGAUUUGCCCCUCGACAGAUAGCGCAAAGCCACGAAUUCGACAAGAUCCUUCAAGCAAUGGGACAAGCUGCACGGAAUAUGCCGCAGUUGAGAUACAUGCAUUUCGCACUGCCCGUACCGGACGAAACUGACGAGCCUGACCUGGAAGCCCCUGGAGCCUUGUACUUCUGGCGGAAUGAAACGUCAGGAAGGUGCUGCUUAAAUAUCGCACCCAACUGGGGGUACCAUAUCGGUGACGAGGUCCUAUCUGCUUGGGGAGUACCGAGUAGUUUUGCUAAGGAAUUUCGCCUAUUUGGACGCGCUGCCUUCGGUCAUUGGCCUGUGGAUCCUUAG